AUGAACUUCGAUUAUAUCGGCCAGGCCCUGGGCUACCACGGCCAGCCGCUCCAAAAGAUCUGGGACGACGAGCGCGGCGUGGACGACCUGCGACUGAUGGGCCUCACCCAGGUGAACUACGGGGUCUACCAGGAGCGGCAGAAGUACUUCACCUUCCAGGAGCGGGCCAAGCGAUUGAAGAUGCACCAGUUUCUGGCUAGGAAGGCCACCGAUUUGUAUGAUCGCACGCUGGUGGCCAAUGUCAUGGAGGAUUCCCUGCUGGCACAAGGCAACACAUACAUGACGCAGAUGGCCCCCUUCGAGUUCUUCCUCAAUCUGAAGGACAAACGCAAGGGAUGGGCGCACCGACUGUCCGCGCUGAAGCAGGGCGACAUCAUCUACACGCAGGUGACAAGGCUGGCCAGCGGCAACCGGCUCAUAGUGAAGCCACUCUGCACUGCUGAGCCCAAACACGCCUAUUUGGCUGACAUUCCCAUAAAGGCCGUGAUUCUGCAGGACUUCUGGGGUCCCUUGUCCCUGGACAAGCAGGGCAAUCCGCGCAGCUUCAUCCAGAAUGACAUCUUGCGCUGUGAGAUCAACAACAUAUCCGCGGAUACCGAGCGUCUCUCUUUGAACAUGAUAGGCAUGUUCAACAAGGUGCCGGAUUUAAAGUUUGGUCUCUGUGACUUUAAGGAGUUGCCCAAGUAUUAUAGUAAAAUCCAUAACGUGGAUCAUCCAUCUGCGUCUCACUACGAGGAUGAGCUAAACAAAGCCUUAGAGUUUGAAAAUCCCAACUACGAUUUGCUGUUCCAAUUGGACGGACUGCAGCCAAACGAGAAUCUGUCACUGAUGUCAUAUCUAAGGGCGGGAUUCCCGGACGAGGAGAGCGCCGCGGAGCUGCGGCAGAAGCAGGCCUCCCAGUGGGCCUUCCGCUCCGUGGCUGAUGGCAUCGAACACUUUAAGAACGGCCAACAGGUCGAGGCCUUUCAGUGCCUGAACAAGGCCUUAAACAUUGAUCCGCGCAAUGUUGAGGCGCUGGUGGCACGCGGUGCCCUCUACGCGAAUCGCGGCAGCUUUCUUAAAGGGCUGCAGGACUUUGAGAAGGCUCUGCACCUGAACAAGUAUCACGUGAACGCGCGCAAGUACAUGGGCGAAACGCUGGUGGCUCUGGGUCGCAGCUACGAAGAGGAGAAUCGCAUAGCUGAAGCAGUUAAGGCCUAUAGCGAUUGCCUAAAUCUGCUGCCGCUGCACGAAGAGGCACGCCAGUCCUUGGACGCACUGCAUCUAAGUGGAGACGGUAAGCGUAGAAUAAGCACUGAGCCGUUCAACAUGACCGGUGGCCACUCCUCAGACGAGUCCUCCUCAUCGAGUGCCAGUGAUAGUGAAUGCGAAGAUUCGGCUGGAAAGGCCAAGUCAAACAUUAGUCAGCCCUUCUAUGCCCAACAAAAGCUAAAACAAUCGGGAGAUGAAAAGUUGGCCGUCAUUGAUGCCCAUAAGGCAAAUGAGUUUCGUCUGGACGACGACGAGACCGUGUCGAGUGUGCGGAAGCUUUUGCGCGAGGCAAGCAAACACAAGAAGGCUAAGAAGAAGGGAAAGAAGAAAAAGGACAAGAAGGAGCGAAGGAGGUCCAGGACCAAGUCCGAAACGGAGGAUCCCAUUGAAUUGCUUAAGAAGAUUGACUUCCAGGAGGCCCUCAGACAAGACAACAAGCUCAUGAACAGCACCAGGAACGAUGAGGAACUCAAAGCCAAGAUCAAGAGCUAUCUAAAAGAUGGAGGAAAAGAGUCACCGCCUCCGCCGCCACCAAUGAAAAAAACAGUAGACCCAUCCAGAAUGUCAACUUUUGACAACAUGGGACCCAGCACAUCGCGUCAUGCGGCCUCCGUUGUUGGCUUUGGAGGAGCCCAGCCACCACCAGCGCCCAAGUUUCUGGGGCAAAAGAAACAUCCGGAGCCGGCACCCAAGCUCUCCUUUCAGAUCAAGAAACGACCGCUGCAGAUGGACAAGCUGGGGAUGCUGCGUCUUGCAGCGCCAGCGGAGCCACUCAAGGAAGGACGGAGCAGCAGCUCCCGCAGCCGGAGUAGGAGUAGAAGCCGCUCGCGAAGUCGCUCACGUAAUCGUCGGCUUGGAAGGAGCACGCGUUCGCCGCUCAGGAGCCGGCGUUCUGAGUCGAGGUCCAGAUCGAUUAGCCGAUCACGUUCUCGUCGCCGUCGUAGCUACUCCCGUUCGCGUAGCCCCUCGCCUCGCAGUUACGGAAAUCGCUUUGUGAUUGGACGCUACCGUAAUCGCCGAACUCGCCGUUCGCGCUCCUUUCAUCGUCGGCGGUCUCCAUCGCCCAUUUUGAAACGCCGAUCGCCUUCACCAUUUGUGCCCCGUCGCACACCAUCGCCGGCAUCCCGCUACCGACGCAGCCGAUCCCGCAGUCGCUCCCGCUCACGCAGUCGGAGUCCUCGACGCUUUCAGUCUCGCUACAUGCCGAGGGAUCGUGGCUCCGUGAAUCGCAGCAGGUACUCCUGGUACAAUCCGCAUAAACACAGUGUAUCCCGCACCGUGGAGCCAAAUGGCAACGAUGAGAGGGCAGCUACUCCGCCGAAAAAGGGUUUUGCUGACGAUAGAUCUGGACGAGAAGAAAGGGCGUAAACAGGGCCUCGCCUACCAGUCUUAAGUUUCCUUUUAGCUGAUAGGGUACAUUUGAUUUGAUAUUCAAAUUUGUAAAACGCUCCCUUUGGGAAUGGUUCUUUGGCCACUAAAUAAAGAUGCUUGCGAAGCGAAUUUAUUACAAACUAUAAAAA